ACACAUAAUAUGAGAACAAACUGACCAGUCUCUGUGACCUGUCUUUGAUAUCACGUCCAUGUAUUGUUGUUCUUUUCUUUCACGGCUGGGCGUCGGGAUGGCGAGCAUGAGUUCCACGCUCGUCGAAACCGUCUCCAUCAACUAUGAGGACUUUAACGAAAGCUUCCUCACCUGCGGCACAUGUUUAUGCACUUAUGAUGGUGGAGAACAUACGCCGAAACUUCUACCUUGUUCGCAUACUGUCUGCUUACAUUGCCUUACUCGUAUAGCCGCCUCACAGACAAGAGAUGCUGGAUGCUUUAGAUGUCCGAUAUGCCGCGAACUAAUUACAAUACCUCGGGGCGGAGUGCCAGCCUUACCGCCGUCGUUCCUCGUGAACCAACUACUAGAUCUGAUGGCGCGGCAACGUCGCGAAGUGAUACCACAGUGUAGCUCCCACCCAGGAAGAGAGUUGUUAUUCUGCGAAACGUGUGAUUGUGUGUUCUGUCGACACUGCGCGGAUGGACCUCACAGUGACACCCCAUGUGAUCAUACCGUCGUACCAUUUUCUAUAGCUUUAAAGAGAAUGUCUGAAAUAUUAUUGUAUAGAGCGAAUGAGUGCCUCAGCAAGCUUGGUUCGGCAAGGGAAGCGGUCGCUAGUGAAUUGAGGAGGCUGGAGGCGGCUGCGACAGCGGCCGACGAAGCUAUUGACAGACAUUUCGCAGAGCUCAGAGCUGCGUUGGAUAAACGUCACACUGAACUGAAAUCGGCCGCUGCAGCCGCUGCUGCUCAUAAGCGGAAGUUGCUCGAAGAACAAUUGAAGUUAAUUGAUGCGGAAAAAUCAAAGGUCGAAGCAGAAUGUUCUGGUCUUCAGCAACAAGUAGAGGUGCGAGAGGUCAGUAGUCGGGCGGCAGCACUAGGUGCGAGACUCGGCGACGCGGCCGCUCUUGCUGAGCCAAGGGAGAACGCUUUCCUCGCAGUAGACUUUGGUCACAACGAUGCUCAGCAAAGGUUCGCGGAGGCCUUGACAGACUUAGGCAGAGUUCGAACCAGUACCACUUUCCCUGGACUCUGUACAUUGCAGUUAGAAUCGCAGUGCGUGUGCGGAUUGGAAGUGGUGGUGGUACUGCGGACGGUGGAUUACCACGGGGAGGCUCGUAGUACGGGCGGAGACCCCGUGACGGCCGCCGCCACGCUCGACGAUUCGCCGCUCGCCUGCACCGUUACUGACCUGGACACUGGACUCUACAGGAUUAGUAUGCGUCCGUGGAGUGCGGGCGCGGUGUGCGUGCGCGUGCUGGUGUUCUCGCGAGCCGUGCGCGACUCCCCGCUGAGGGCUCGGGCCCUGCCCGCCGCCGCGCCGCUGCUGGUGUGGGGCUCCCGGGGCACCGGCAAGGAACACCUCACGCAGCCCGUUGCACUCGCCAGGUGUCCGAAACGACGGGAAAUAUACGUACUUGAUGCGGGUAAUUCGAGAGUCAAAGUGUUGGAUGACGAGACGUUUGCAUUUAAAACCCAUAUAGUUAAUGAAGGUCUAGCCGGGCGGAGUUGUACAGGAAUAGCGGUGACAGCUGAUGGAGUUAUAGCUGUUAAUUGGCGUACUCGCACACUUACAGAGGUGAACGCGGAGGGCGGCACCGUCCGCACGCUGUCGUCGGAGCGGCUGGUGGAGCCGGUGUGCGUGGCGGCUCACGUGGCCUCCCGCCGCGUCGCCGUCGCUGACAACGGCGCCAGAGCAGUCUUCCUGUUCGAUGCCCACGGCAACAUCGAGCGGGAGGUGGGAGGUGGUGAACUGGGUCUUGUCGGGGGUCUGGCUUUGUCGGAGGACAUGCUAAUUGUGGCGGAUGUUGCAAUACGAAUCUACGACUUGGAGGGAAACCUAAAAAAUGUUUUUGCUCAACUGCCAAAAGGUCGCGGCGGGUACGGCGGCAUCGCAAUCGAGGCGGGGGGCGCGCGCGUGGUGUGCGCGCGGUCGGUGCGCGGGCGGCCGGCGCUGGUGGUGGUGGACGCGCGCGCGGGCGGCGUGCUGGCGGCCGCCGAGCUGGCCGAGCGCCGCCCGCGCCGCCUCGCCGGCCUCGCGCUGCUGCCCGCGCGCCGCGCGCUCCUCGCGGACCUCGCCGGCGACUGCCUCCGCCUGCACACCUACUGGUGA